UGUUCCAUCUAAUUAUCACAAGAUUUAUCACUGCUUCAUGAGCUGAGAGGACGAAUUCCAGUUUCUUAUUCCUAGUACAUCGAGAGCUUUAGGACAUCUGUGCACUAUAUGAUCGAAACAUUUUUUUAAAGAAAUUACUUAGCUGUCACAAUUUUCAUUUGUAUUUCUGAUCCUUUACUCAAUAAAAAUAUAAAAAUGAAAUUUGUAAUAUUUUCCUCAAAGUCCCCCCAACCACCACCAAUUAUAAAUAUACGAAAUUUAUUUCAGACCAUAUUUCACACCACGAUAAGAUUUAUUAUUAAAACUGUGCAGUUUUUUUUUUUUACAAACAAGGAAAUGUUGAGAUUAAUCUGAAUCAUCUGUGCUUAGAACAUUGUCCUUGUAGGACGUUGCUGUCUUUACAUCGCCAUAAACUAACACAACAAUGGUGUGUUUACAAGUUUGUAGACGAGGGUUUUCAUUCGCGAUGCUAUUGGUUACUUUAGCAGUGUUUCCUCGGACAGCGCGUCCGGCCUUGAAAAUCUUCACCAAGAGCCAGAGUCUGAGUGUAAAAGAAGGAGAGACAUCAGACAUCGACUUCUCUCUCAAUUUCUCUACAGCUGUAGACGCCGGGGUGAAGAUAGUUGUUCAACAUCAAAAAGUUGGUGGUUUGACAUUUGACACUAAAUGUCGCAUAGACCACACAAAGACAGGCGCUUGUCAAAUCUUGUUCGGCCCGUGUGAGUGCAUAGGUGAAAGGUCAGAGACAUACCAAUACCGACUGAAGAUGACCUUUACAAAAGAAGAUGACGGUCUGUGGAAGUUCGACUUUGUCAGUCAUGAGUGGACGAUUGUUAACAUCACUGUCAUUGAGAGCAUCACUUCGUCACAAGCUCACGAGAGUACAGAGCCUGCACAAGUGACGAGUCUGACCCCUACCAUCGAAAGCUACACUCUACCAACUACAAUCAUAGUCAUUUUAAUCAUCACCGUUAUUGUCAUCGUCAUCAUCAUAUCGUUGAUCGCAGUUCGUUGUCAUUCCAGGACCCAUCGGCCAGUCAUUGGAAGAGCAGGAAGUCCCUCAGAGGAAGAGUAUGAGGAUACUGGCUGGAUGGAACAAGUUCAGUGCGAUGUGCAAAGUUCAAUGACCGCUACAUCACGUGACGUGCAGUCAGGUCACCAUCUGGAGCAAACUACUGAAACAAGUGAGAUAUUUUCAGGUUCUUUAAAGGAAGAGGAAACUAUUGACUUCAGAAAGUCUGUCGAGACUGACGCUGACUCCGUAACCUCGACAGCCACAACACCAUCAACACCAGAACUACCACCGAGGCUGUACACAUGAUGUUUAGCAUUUAACUUGGUGUCGGGAAAUAUUCUAAGAUCUGAAUGUAAUUAAUAACUACAAAUUGCACUUUUAUUGUUUUCAGCUAGAUGUAUUGACCCCUAAGUGGAAAUAUUUUGUUGCAGUAUUGAUGCCGAACUGAAAUUUUGUUUAAUUAAUCUUUUGUAUGCACGAGUAUGUAAAUAGCAUGCAUCUUGGUUUUAACUCACUUUAUAUUUUCAAAACUAAUGGUAGGUAGCUAAAUCGCCUUUUCACACCAACUAAGGAGCGUAGUA